AUGGCGACCCGAGACUACAAGGCUCUGAUUCCUUGCACCAUCUUCUUUGCUAUCUCCACAGCCCUGAUUUUCACGCGCAUGUACGUCCGUGGUGCUCGUCUUCGGAACGUCGGUACCGAUGAUGUGCUCUGCUGCAUUGCAGGUGCAUUCAACAUCGGCGUGACGACAUGUUUCCUGCUCAGAAUCGAAUACCAAUACCGAGCGGUGGACUGGGUCCAAACCCCCUACGAACUCCGCAUAUCAAUGCUGUCUUACUACCUCAGCAUGCCUUUCUACCAGCUUGCUCUUGGCUGCAUCAAAGCUUCCAUCAUUUUUCAGUACCGCCGCAUCUUCCGGGAUGCUCUUGGUUACGCCUAUACCGUUCUUCUAGCCCUUGUAAUAUGCAAUAGCACGGCUUUCUUCCUCAUCAUGACCUUCCGAUGCUCGCCUAUUGACGGGCCUUGGACGAACCGCUCAACGGUCUGCAUGGAUGUGAUGCUGAUCAAUUAUAUCUUCAUCGCGAUCAACUUCUCGACUGACAUCGUUUUGCUGGUGCUUCCGAUGCGGAUCCUUCGGGACUUGAAUCUGGCCAGGGCGGAGAAAAGGGGCCUAGUCUUUGUUUUUGGGCUAGGGGGAUUCGCCGCAUUGACAUCCAUCCUUCGCCUUCAAUAUGUGCUCGCCUUGCGCAGCGAUGACGACAUGGCCUACAAUGGGCUCCUUAUGUGGUGCUGCAUAGAGAUCAGCGUUUCAAUCAUCUGCGCGUCACUUCCCUCGCUCAAUGGCAUAAUGGCACGCCGAUUCCCGCGUAUCUGGCGGAAAGAUUCGACAUAUCGAAGCAGCCGGCCGUCCACUCGAUGGACUCCGAGACACCUUCGCGAUAAGCUGUAUGCUGCAACUCCUAAGGGUCAGGAGUCGACCGAACGAAUCAGCGGUGCGAUCACAGUUGUUGGUAGCAAUCGUUCUUCCAGCUCCAAGAAGAAAAUUGAAGUUACGACGACCUUCAAGCAGAGCGUUGAAGACAAGCCAGCUGGGACAAAUACUGAGCCAAGAGCAGGAACCUUUUGCGAACCCGGUCUUGAAGGCAGGGAAGAGAGACAUGAUUGGUGCAAACACAAUUCUUGGGUAGCUGGAGUUAUGGUGGAUAUGACGGAGACUCGAGCCGAGCAUGGUCGAGCGAACGGUGGACCGAGUGAAACUGACCUCGAGAUGAUACCCCUAGAGACGCUUUAGGAAUAGCACUUCAAACUGGGACGGAGAAAGCGGUGAAUCGAGCAGGGCUGAGGUAGAGAUAAUACCUUUGGGACCGGUUCAGUGAUAUUUCUAGUACGUCGAAUUCGGCGUUGGUGGAUUGGGCUCGGGACAAUGCCCUUGGGGAUAGGCUGGGGAUAGUUCGUAUUACUUCGAAUUUGGCGUAUGGCGGCAGGUAGCGUGUGAAUUCCAACGCAGCUAAUUUUAUGCACUCAAAGUGUAUCCGCAUUCAUUGGAUACUAGGUGUGAUGCCUGGGUUCUCCUGCAUGCUUCGGGACGGCUGAGAGUGCCAUCGGGCGUCUCAGUAGACACAGCUGCAGAUUUCCCAGUAUCGAGGCAAACU